AUGGCCAACUCAAGCAGUGACGACUCUACACCCCCUUCAUCGGCAUUCCCCACUAUUGCACAAUGGCUAACAACACUUGAGAGUGAUGCGGACUACAACCCUGACCAUCUAUGCUUCUCUCAAUAUGCCAGUGAGAUCAACAAGCAGGGGUAUUACCGCUUGGACGAGCUGUCGCGGGCCUGUCAGAAUAAGGGGCUUCAUGAACUUGGCGUUCAAAUCCCCCCUGGUCUUUCGGAGAAAUUGUGUCAUGCAAUGCGACGUGAAGUUAGGAAAACUUCUCGCAAAUUUUUGGCAUCACGCAAACUUUAG